AAGAUGGAAGAAAAUGUUACCUUGUACUGGGAUCCAGGAAACUUUACAAACCAAACUGAUCAUGUUCUCCAGGGUGAAGAUCUGAAAAAUUUUAUUGCGGAAAUUCUUGGAGAUUCUCGGCUUCAAUUGAAAACCCUGAUCCCUCUUACCACUAUAUAUCUGUUGUUUAUGGUGGUAGGGGUGUUUGGAAACCUGGCAACCUGUUUGGUAAUAUUAAAUAAUGAAUAUAUGAGAACUGCUACUAAUGUGUAUCUUCUCAAUCUAGCGAUUGCAGAUAUUGCUACUUUAGUUAUCAUGAUGCCUGGUGAACUGUAUCUAAUGUGGCAGCAGUAUCCCUGGCCGUUCGGUGAACUUGCUUGUGAUAUAAAAAUCACCGUCACCGAGGGAGUUAUAUACGCUUCUAUACUCACCAUUGUAGCUUUCACCAUAGAGAGGUAAAAGCUUAGAAAUAAUUUUCAUAAAACAUCAGUUCUAUAAUAAGAUUGUACAGGGCCCAAAAGUUUACAUA